AUGAGUAGUGAAACCGUUUUGGGCAUUGAUUUCGGCUCGUUCUAUUGGACGGCGUUUGUGUAUUCCAAUGGACAGCGGUCUAUCGUAUCGGACGAGCAUGGAAAUCGUUCCAUAUGCUUUCGCGACAACGAAGUAAUCGUGGGUUCCUCGGCAAGUCAGCUGGCGAGUUCAUUCCCCGAAAACGUGAUCAACCACCCUCUGCAUUAUUUGGACGGGCGCAGCUGCAGUCCUGACUGCAACACAUCGAUCGUAUGGGAAAACAACUCUGGAGAACGGAUAUCCGGUGUUCCACCUUCCCUUCGCGAAGAAAACCGAGCGAGUCACUCUGGAGCGCGUGUUCGUGGAGUGUUUCAAGAAGCUCCCACGCUCACCGUAGUAUCGGUCCCCAGCGAUCUCAGCGCGUCCAGCCAGUCCUUCCUCCUCUCCUGUCUGCACCACGCCAGUACUCUCCUCCCUGCUGCCUCUCUCAACUCAGAACUUCCCAACCCCUCUCUGCUCCCCUCCCACCUCGCCGUCCUGCUCGCGCGCGAGCUCGUCGCCCCUCCCGCCGACGGGCUUCGCCUCGUCCUCGACGUUCCCGCCAACUCCGCCAUUCUCUCCCUCGUCUCCGUUUCCCGCGGGUUCUACUCCACGCUCUGGUCGCACCGCCUCGCCACCGCGGUCGGCAGCGCGCUCGACGCGCGGUUCCUCGCCUUCGCCACGCAGGAGGCCGUGCGGAAGCUGGGCCCCGAGGUGGCGCAGUCCGCGAAGGCGGUGCGGAAGCUGCGGCGCGCGGUGGCGGAGUGCAAGGAGCGGCUGUCGUCGACGAUGACCAGCGCGGUGGCGAUCGAGUCGCUCUUCGACGGCGCCGAUUUCAUGCUCUCGGUGUCGCGGUCGCGUCUCGCCAUGCUCGCUUUCGAUGCGUUGGGCCACCAGGCUGUGCUCGGAGAUCCAGAGCGUGCUGCGCGCGCGGCGCUGCCGCCUCGACGACUGCGCGCAGAUCUUCGUCGUCGGGGGAUGGUGGGGAUUGACCGCGGUUUUCCACGCAGCUCGGCGAUGCCCGCCGUCCAGGAAGCGCUCAGGACCGCGGCCGCCCUGCGAGGCCCCGAGAUGGUGUUCUUCCCGCGGGUAUUGGAGGUGGCGGCGGAGGGAGCGAGCGUGCAGGCGCAGUACCGCGAAGAGUUCCGAUUGAAAAAGUCGCUGCCCGUGCUGCAGCAGCUGGCGGGAAGCUUGGUGGUGCGCGCAGGGAAGUGGGAGAUGAUGAUCGCCGAACAAGGAGUUCCGUUCCCGUGCAAGUGCGAAACGGUGCAGAUUGGGAGGAGAAUUGAUGCAACCAAGGAGAUGAUGCUCGAGUUCCGACGCGAAGCCAAAGACCAUGAAAAUAAAGACGACAAUACAGAGAACGUUAAUGAAACAAAAACGCAAUUGGUUGGCACACUGACGUUUGAAAAUGAUUUGUGCGGCAAGAGCGUAGCGGCGACGGUGAGUCGAGAGCAUCUCGGCGCUAUUCGAGUGGUGUUAAGCAUCCUGGAGGGAGAGAAGGAAGUGGAGAAGAAGAAAUUCACGAUAGGCGAGAAGGAUUAA